AUGUCUGCAGGCGACAGCUCCCCCGAGGGUUCCCCCGCGCCCUCGAACGCAAAGUAUCGGCUUUUUGUCAUCUCAGCGUCUCUCUGCAACUUUGCUACGACUGGCGUUGUGAUUUGUUUUUCCGUUUUUCAAGACUGGUACCAGCGAUCCCUGUUCCCCUCGCAAAAUAGCGCCACCAUUGCUCUGAUCGGAAGCUUGCAGCUUUCAGUUUUCCUUUGCGUGUCCCAUGUGAACAUUCCGCCUCAAAAAAAGAUAAUGAUGGCUGGUGCGCUUUUGUGUGUGGCAGCGUGGAUUUGGUGCAGCCUGGCGCGGUCUAUAGCUGAGAUUAUUAUUGCUCAGGGAUUGAUGUUCGCCGUCGGUGCAGGCAUUUUGCACGCCACAACGACUAGCUUUGGCACUCAAUAUCUCGAAGGAUCUGUACUGGCUUUGCUAAUUCCCUCCGGCUCCCUGUUUGGUGCUUUGUUUUGGUCGGUCGUCGUUAAGUUGCUCACCGUGUAUGCUGUGGCGUCUGCGGCGCACCGUAUCAUUGCCGUUAUUACGGCUUCCUUACUCUCAUGCUCGUUAAUGAUCAUGUGUCUUUGCGGCUCAUCGUCAUUACCGGGCGAGCCUGAACCAGCCCAGCCGAAGACUCUGUGCAGAAAGCUGCUGAAGGUCGGCUCUUCAUUGUUUCUCUACAUGGGACUGUCCAUGCCUCUGACUUAUUUAGCAUUUUGGGGGGCCGACUCGGCUUUGGGCGGAAUAUGCGACUAUCUACCCGCGGUCUUCCAAGGAUUUGCUGUCAUAGGACAUUUUUCUUCACUGUAUUUGGGCCGAUGGGUUUCGAGUGGGCGUCUGCUCCUGGUAGAGACGGGUGUGGUCGGACUUCUGACGCUGACCUUUCCGAUUAUGGUCACCACCGUGUUGAUGGGAGUUGCCGCAGCCUCUCUAGGCCUUUUCACAGGACACAUCCUUGUCACGGAAUUUGCGAAGCAUCAGCUACAAAGUGGAAACCUGGUCAUAAAUACCGCAUUACCAUGCCUAGGAUUACUCAGCGGUGGUCCUGUGUGUGCUUUCAUCAUACAGGCGAGUGACGGAGGGCGGUUUGGUGUGUGCUUCUUUGCUGGCGGCUGCUUGGUUCUCAGUUGGUGUCUUGGCGAGUGCCUCGAGCGCAUCUACGAAGAAAGCGGCGAAAAGCUCCUGGCAUAG